AAAUCAGCCUCCUAUUCCGAACGACAUCAUCCACGGCGGCUUGCCGACGUAAAGAUCCCGUGCGACUGUUUGCUGCGAUUUAGUCUCCAUUGAGAAGCGCCGUCGGUCGCUACACGAAACGCAGCCAACUUUGGUGCUCGAGCAGUGCAAAGCGCAUACGUGGUCCGCUCGCGGAUUUAUCAUCAGCGGAAGUGCAUCGGACGCAGUGGAAAUGAUUGUUCGGGCCCUUGUGCUGGCGGUGCUGUGUGCCACUAGCGGCGCAUUGGCACUGUACUCAUCGACGGACGAUGUCGUUGAACUGACGGCGGCCAACUUCGAAAAGAACGUCCUCAAGAGCGACCACGUUUGGGUGGUGGAGUUUUACGCCCCGUUCUGUGGCCACUGCCGCAAUCUGGUGCCGGAGUACCGUAAGGCGGCCACCGCACUGAAGGGUGUCAUCCAGGUGGGCGGCGUGAACUGCGAGACGGAGCAGUCGCUGUGCAGUCAGCACGGUGUGCGGGGCUACCCGUCCAUCAAGAUUUUCGGCCAGAACAAACGCUCGCCGGUCGACUACAACGGCCAGCGGACGGCGAAAGACAUCGCGGAGUCGGCCCUGGCCGAGGCCAAGAAGAAGAUUAAGAACGUGCUGGGCGGAGGAAGCGGCAGCGAUGGUGGUGGCAGCAGCAGCAGCAACAAUGGCGCUGGUGGUUCCAGUGACGACGUGAUCGAGCUGACCGAUGCCAACUUCGAUAAGCUGGUGCUGCAGAGCGAGGAUACGUGGUUGGUGGAGUUCUUUGCGCCGUGGUGUGGACACUGCAAGAACCUUGCCCCGCACUGGGCGAAGGCCGCAAGCGACCUAAAGGGCAAGGUGAAACUCGGUGCGCUCGAUGCCACCGUACACCAGGUGAAGGCGUCCCAGUUCGGAGUGCAGGGCUACCCGACGAUCAAGUACUUCCCGGGCGGUGUCAAGGAUCGCAAUUCGGCCGAAGACUACGACGGGGGUCGCACGUCGUCCGACAUCGUCAACUGGGCGCUCGAAAAGUACAGCGACAAUAUCCCGGCGCCGGAACUGGUGCAGCUCACAUCGGAAAAGGUGGCCCGCGAUGCGUGCGAGGGUAAGCCGCUGUGCGUCGUGUCCGUGUUGCCGCACAUUCUCGACUGUGACGCGGCGUGCCGCAACCGGUACCUCGGCAUACUGCGGGCGAUGGGCGAGAAGUACAAGAAGAAGCUGUGGGGCUGGCUGUGGACGGAGGGCGGUGCCCAGCUGGAACUGGAGGGCACACUCGACAUCGGAGGCUUCGGCUACCCGGCGAUGGCCGUCGUUAAUCUGAAGAAGAUGAAGUACUCCCUGCUGCGCGGUUCGUUCUCCGAGGACGGCAUCAACGAGUUUUUGCGCGACCUGUCGUAUGGCCGUGGCCACACCGCUCCGGUCAAGGGCGCCGAGCUACCGAAGAUCCACACUGUCGACCCGUGGGACGGCAAGGAUGGUCAGCUGCCGGUGGAGGAGGAGAUCGAUCUGUCCGACGUCGAUCUGGACGAGAAGGAUGAGCUGUAAGAAGACGGGAGCGGCGAGCACUGCCAAACCCGCGCCAGUCCGCGGUCACACAACGGAAGCAAUGGGGAGAGCAAAUUCAGCCCAAAGUUUGGCACAACGAAAGCGAUUCAUUCCGAGCGGCCGAUCCGAUUUUGGGGGUUUGGUUGCAUAAGAAGUAAUAAUAAUGGGGUCGGCGGAGUCACGGUCGAUGCAUUUAACAUCCGUUUACCCUCCGGGAGGUGUCAGUCGACGGCGGAUCGACACCGGCGAUUCAGUCCAGUAGAAGUAGCAUUAAGUUUAAAAUGCCAAUAAA